AUGAAUCCCGCCGUGUCCAACCUUGUUCUCAUGCUAGGUAUGAUGCAAGUCUCUCGUAGACUUGACUUCGAAGACCCAAACAUUCUUUUUUACGUCAGAGCUUUGUACAUUACCUGUACGCUCUUGACACUGGGUGUUUAUCUCUAUACGAGAUCCAUCAUCAUCAAGAAAAACGACCUCACCACCUUGAAGUACUUGGAGCCUCCUAGCACGUUGCAAGGAGAGAGCGAGUCUAAGCUCAUCGUUACCACCGUUAAGGAUUACGAUUUGAAGCAACUUCAAAGUGCCGUCAAAGGUGUUUUCACUGGUGUGGCUAUGAUGGCAUUCAUGCACUUGUACAUGAAAUAUGCCAACCCAUUGCUUAUGCAAUCUAUUUCACCUCUUAAGAGUGCCUUCGAGUCCAACUUGGUCCAGAUCCACGUUUUCGGCAAGCCUGCAACCGGGGAUCUCAAGAGACCAUUCAAAGCCGGUGCUGGAUUGUUUGGCGGACUUGGUGCACCUCAACAAAAAACGGACAAGGAAUCCAUCGAAAAGGCUGAAAUCAGCGGCACUGGUGGAAUCAAAGAAGAAUAA